UUCUUCGGGACUUAUUUUGGAGCUGUACCUUAUGAAAGCGUGACAUUUGACAGCGGUUGUGUUUGUUUUGUAGGACAUAAAUAAAUAUGUUCUAUAUCUGCUCUUCGUAGCAGUAUAUAUUGUUAAUGUUGUAGCCAUCGCAGGUGGGCGGACAGUCUGCGUUUGACUGCGGUGUUGCUCCACAAUGGUCCGUCUGAAACCUCUGACUGACUCUUGAGGGAAAAGCUUGAAAGCGAAGCAGACAUCAAAGAUUCGUGCUGGAGACUUUCGGACGUUAAGCAAGAUGAUUGGGGGUCGUUGUCAUUCACAGGGAAGGUAUUUAUUAACUGCUGGGCUCCAGUGCUGCAGAUGUAGAGUGAGCUGUCAUGUGAUAAGACAUUACAGCUUUCUCCCAGAUGAUGUCAAAUCAUUGCGGGCUGUGGUUAAUCCUGAUAUAUCCAAGAUCCGAAACAUUGGCAUCAUGGCCCACAUUGACGCAGGAAAGACAACUACCACAGAAAGGAUGCUCUAUUACUCCGGCUAUACGAGAGCACUAGGAGAUGUGGACGAUGGGGAUACAGUCACAGAUUUUAUGGCUCAAGAGAGGGAGCGUGGCAUUACCAUACAGUCGGCAGCAGUCACGUUUGAUUGGAAAAGUUAUAGAAUAAACCUUAUAGACACCCCAGGACAUGUUGACUUUACACUUGAGGUAGAGCGGGCACUUCGCGUUCUUGAUGGCGCCGUUGCUGUGUUUGAUGCUUCUGCUGGUGUUGAGGCUCAGACUCUAACUGUGUGGAGACAAGCAGAGAAGCACCAUGUUCCCUGUGUUUGUUUCCUGAAUAAGAUGGAUAAGCCUGCAGCAAACUUAAGUUUUUCCAUUGAGAGCAUCAGACAGAAGUUGAAAGCCAAUCCAGUCCUCCUGCAGAUUCCGGUCGGCAGUGGCAAAAGCUUCUCAGGUGUGGUUGACUUGUUAACCAACCAGAAGCUCAUAUGGAAGAUAAGAACUGAACUGGGAGAUGACGGGCGAGUGUUUGAAAGCAAACCUCUUGACCAGUCGGAUGAGCCAGAGCUCCUGCAGGAGGCGAGUGAGGCCAGGACGGCUUUAAUUGAGCAGGUUGCUGAUCUGGAUGAUGAGUUUGCUGAACUGCUGCUGACUGAUUUUGGUGACAAUUUUGAUGCCGUUCCCUCCGUCAAACUACAGGAGGCUGUGCGGCGGGUGACUCUGGCCCGUAAAGGCGUUCCGGUACUCUGUGGGAGCUCUUUGAAAAACAAAGGCGUUCAGCCUCUUUUAGAUGCCAUCACCGCCUACCUGCCUGCCCCCAAUGAACGGCACCAUGACCUGGUACGGUGGUACAAGGACGACCUAUGUGCUCUGGCCUUCAAGGUUCUCCAUGACAAGCAGCGUGGUCCUCUGGUAUUUCUUAGGAUUUACUCCGGUACUCUGAAACCACAGACUGCUGUCCACAACAUCAACCGGAACAGCAUUGAGAGGGUUAGCAGGCUGCUAGUGCCGUUUGCUGAUCAGCAUGUGGAAACCCCCUCGAUUACAGCGGGAAACAUCGCUCUGACUGUGGGACUGAAGCAGGCUGUCACAGGGGACACCAUCGUUUCAUCGAAAGCUUCAGCAACAGCUGCAGCCCGUCGAGCCCAAAAUGAUGGCGGGGCAAGAAAGAAACGUGGGGAAGAUGCCAACAUGGUCCUUUCAGGGGUGGAGGUCCCUGAUCCUGUCUUCUUCUGCACCAUAGAACCGCCCACCAUGUCUAAACAGGCUGAUCUUGCUAAUGCACUCAACUGCCUCCAGAGAGAAGACCCCAGUCUUAAAGUCAGGGUUGACCCUGAUUCUGGCCAGACCAUUUUGUGUGGGAUGGGAGAGCUACACAUUGAGAUCAUCCACGAUCGAAUCAGGAGAGAAUAUGGCAUCGAGACUCACCUUGGACCACUACAGGUGGCUUACAGGGAGACUAUUCUCCACGAGGCCUCUACUACAGAUACGCUGGACCGUACUGUUGGGGAGAGACGACAUGUUGCCACAGUGGACCUGGCCGUCAGACCUGUGGACAUCUUCUCUUCAGGUGGCUUGUGUGAAUUAGAUUUCACAGAGGAAGUGGAGGGGCAGCUAUCACCAGAAAUGAAAGCAGCAGUGGAGAACGGAGUACACACCUCAAAUCUUCAAGGUCCAUUACUUGGUUAUCCUUUACUGGGUGUGUCCACACUGAUCAAAAGUGUCAAAGUGGAACCAGGAACUGUUCCCGUCAUGGUGUCGGCCUGUGUGUCCCGCUGCAUGCUUAAGGCCCUGAGGCUAGCAGGAGUUCAGGUCCUGGAGCCAUUGAUGUCCCUGGAAGUGACUGUCGGGGAGAAUCACCUUAGCUCUGUGCUGGGGGACUUGGCCCAAAGACGAGGAACCGUCCAAGAUAUCCAGAGUCGACACGACAACAAGGUGCUGCUUGCAACCGUGCCGUUGGCUGAGAUGAUGGGCUAUUCCACCGUCCUGCGAACUCUGACAUCUGGCACUGCCACCUUCUCCCUGGCGCUGGACACCUAUGAGGCCAUGAACCCCCAGGACCAGAGCAUCCUACUUAAAAGAAUGUCUGGUCUGCUUUGAUCCUGUUCUCAACAACACUGUGCAACUGUUCAGCAAUGGGACCAAUGGCCCUCUGGGAUAGAGGCAUGGCUAAUACGCAAAAAGACUUUUAGGACUUGAGUAAAAUGCUAUUUAUAGUAGGAAUACCCACUGCAGAAAAGAGGACAAUAUUUGAUGCAAAAUAAAUCUGCAGCAAAGUAUUUCAUACCCUUGUUUUUUUUUUUUAUAAAUAGAAACACCAAAUUAGAAGAUAAAAUGUAAAGAUUUUAUUCAGAAGUUAUACAAACAUUGAUAAAAAACAAAAAGUGCAUUCAUAAAUCCAAGAUGUUUAUGACAUAGGAUGUGAUUAAGAGUUUUGUAGGUCUGGAGAUUUAGAAAGGAUGAUGUGUCUCAGCAUCAGUACAGUGACAUCUCUUCAAUGGCAGUUCAGCAUUUGAUUUCUCGGUUUGAAAUAAAAGCAUGGAAUUGA